GGACAGAACGAAUUGACAGUAGAGACAUGCUGUUAUGCUGACAGAUGAAAUAGGAUUGGCUGGAGAGAUGAGCUUUUAUUUUGAGCACAAGCCUGGUGCUGCCUCAUUAUACUGUGAACAGUGUACUAUUCUGGGAGCCUGAGGACCUCUUCUGAUCCAACAGCUGUCCUCUGCUGUGAAGUUCAGUCCUUAAACGUGUGUGAGUAGUAAAGAUGGCAAGCAUGUUCACGCGAAUGCUAUCCGGACGCAACAAGGCUGCGAUCAUGGCCAGCCUGGGCGCAGGCACCUUGGUAUCCAGCUACAUCAUGAUGGACUCUGGAGUCUCUGCUGGGGAGAAAAGGAAGCUGUACCCACCCAGUGCUGAUUUCCCAGAUCUGCGCAAACACAACAACUGCAUGGCUUCUGCUUUGACCCCUGCCAUUUAUGGCUCUCUGAGGGACAAGCUAACUCCCAAUAACUGGAGCCUUGACCAAUGCAUUCAGACUGGAGUGGACAACCCUGGUCAUCCCUUCAUCAAGACCGUGGGCAUGGUGGCUGGUGAUGAGGAAAGCUAUGAGGUGUUUUCUAAACUCUUCGAUCCAGUCAUUAAGGAAAGACACAAUGGCUAUGACCCCAAAACCAUGAAGCACCCAACAGACUUGGAAAGCUCAAAGAUCACUUCCGGGAUGUUUGAUGAGAAAUAUGUGCUGUCAUCACGUGUGCGCACAGGCCGCAGUAUUCGUGGGCUCAGCCUGCCACCUGCCUGCUCCCGCGCUGAACGCCGUGAAGUGGAGCGUGUUGUAGUUCAGGCUCUUUCUGGACUGAAAGAGAACCUGGAAGGCAAAUACUACAGCCUGACAGAGAUGACUGACCAAGAACAGCAGCAGCUUAUAGAUGAGCACUUCCUCUUUGAUAAGCCAGUGUCUCCUCUCCUCACCGCAGCUGGUAUGGCUAGAGACUGGCCAGAUGCUCGUGGAAUUUGGCAUAACAAUGAAAAAUCAUUUUUAAUCUGGAUCAAUGAAGAAGACCACAUCCGAGUCAUUUCCAUGGAAAAAGGUGGAAACAUGAAGAGGGUAUUUGAGAGGUUCUGCAGAGGACUGAAAGAGGUGGAGAGAUUGAUUCAGGAGAGAGGUUGGGAAUUCAUGUGGAAUGAAAACCUGGGCUAUAUCCUGACCUGCCCCUCCAAUCUUGGCACUGGUCUGAGAGCUGGUGUCCAUGUCCGUCUGCCCCUCCUCAGCAAGGACAAACGCUUUAAUAAAAUGUUGGAUAAUCUUAGACUACAGAAACGUGGAACAGGAGGAGUUGAUACUGCGGCUGUGGGUGACACUUUCGACAUCUCCAACCUUGACCGUUUAGGCAAAUCUGAGGUUGAGCUUGUCCAGUGUGUGGUUGAUGGUGUCAACUACCUGAUCAACUGUGAAAAGAAACUUGAGAAGGGCCAAGACAUUACUGUCCCUCCACCAGUUUCCCAGUUCAAGAAAUAAAAGCAUUCCAAUGAGUGGAACUGAGAGCUGGUUUGCUGAGAGACCUGUAAGCUAACCUGUUAACUCUCUUCUACAGAUCUUACUGGAACUCAACUCAAUAAAUUAAUUAACUUUUUAUUCAGUCUUGUGGAAUCUUAUGUAGUACUGAAAAGUGUUGAAGGAGUGGGAAUUGUUGGGGGUCGCAGCUAAAUCCAGUUGAGAACCCAAUACCAUCCCUGAACACUCAGAGUCUGAGUAUGAAAUUAAACCAAAGCAUAAUACUGAAGACUCAGUAUUAUUCGUAAUCCCACCCAAAAUAAAAGCAGAUAAUUAAUAGUUUGAGAUAGAGUGAAUUAUUAAAAAUAAAUAUUUUUUAGCAAUAAGAAACAAAGGCAGAAAUCAAGUGUUUUAUUUCAAGCUACACCAUAAAAGAAGCAUCAGAGCGUCUUUUAGAGAAAGUAGCUAGUUGGCAAUACUACAAGACACAUGGUAAAGCUACAUUAAAGCUAUACUUCAAUAUAGGAAAAUAUAGCAGUGUUGCUAACAUGAUUUUGAAAACACGUUGGUGAAAUGUUUAACAAUAGGUAAACACAGUGGUGGGCUGUGCAUUUAAAGUCUAGGCCUUCAGCGUGAUUCAUGCCAUUAAGAAAACACAGUUUCACAAUGAAUAAGACACUCUAUGCCUUUGGGCGUCAUACAUUAUUUAGCAGUUAACUAGUAAUAACAAUUUACUUUUUAAAAAUAUGUCCAUGCUUGAAAGCCAGAACUUGAAGCAACACUUAAUGCUCAAGCAAGCCUAAUUUUAACUGCAGCGUGACUGUUUUGUGAAACGUAUCAUCAGCGUAUAUGGGUAUGCUGCGUUCCAUUCAAGUUGUAUGUGGGAUAUUCCUACUUAUUAUCUCUGACAAUAAAUGAACAUUCCCCGAUAUUCGGAACUGCAACGCUCCUGUUAGUUUAGCAGGGGUUUGACUCUCAUUAGAGAUGUCUCCUAGCAACCCAACUGAUAAACAAUGCUGCAGCGCUAGCAUUUAUGCUUCAGGUGUACAAUUAGCAAAAUAUAUUAUAAUGUUUUAUACACCUGUUUCUGCAGGCGUUUGUUAAACAAGCUUUAAUAUCAUGUAAUGUGGAAACAAACU